AGGAGCAACAAAAUCGCGCUAAAACCAGCAUACUGGAACCUCUUUUCCACACAACUUCAACAAUGUCAGCAGCAGUGGAGCAAACUCCGCAACCCUUCAUUCUUCGCCUUCAACAAUCCCUCGUCUCCUGCUCCAAGGCAGUUGAAGCUGGUGAUUUUCGUCAAUCGGAAUAAGUAAUUUCUGGGAUUGUUGAGUUUCUCAGCUCAAUUUCUGAUGCUGCUGUUUAAGAUUUUGACGAUAAAGAAACCCAGAACAAUUCAAUCGUUGUUCUCUCUCAUAUUCACUCUUUCCUUUGAAACCCUUCUCUUGAUCAGGCUAUUGUCGAUGCCCUUUCAUUUGAGUUGCCCAAAGCUAUUUCCAAGUUUGCAGGAGUGUCCGAGAGGUCUACACUCCGAGGAUUGCGCCUUAUGCGAGGAAUUUGAUGUGGUUCGUGAGCAAUGGGCUAAGUUUUUUACCAGCAAGUAUUUAUUAUUGGCUUUAGCGCGCUUGAUCGAGUUGGUUUAGUUGUUAUAGAAUAAAUUUUAUAUUAAAAUGUAUGUUUAUGUUGAAAUUGGAACAUAUAUUUAAAUGUAAUAUGUGCACUUUGGUUUUGGGAUAUAUAGUAUACAAAACUCCAGUUGUUGUUUUUAUAUUUGUUA